GACAUGGGAGAAUUUGGGAUAGCACCAAAAAUGGUCGCCACAACAAAGGAGUUUGUGUCUGAGGAAAAGGAGGACGUUCGAAGAAAGAGAGCGGCGGCAGCAGCUGACCAGCACAGUGUGUUACCAGCAUUACUACAGGACCUCAUCAUACCUGCCAGAGAGUCCAUCGGAGUCAGGCUGCUGAGGAAGAUGGGCUGGCGGGAUGGGACUGGAAUUGGUGCAAAGGUCAGGAGGAAGAUCAAGAUGAAGAGACAGGCUGAAGCUCCUGCCCAGAGGCUCUAUGGCUGUGCCCCUCCACCUGGUCACAGGCACUCAGAGGUGAGAA